UUAAAGGAUGGUGACCAAGAAACUGUCUGCAGCUUUUACUGAGGAUUUAUUAUGUCCUGUUUGUCUGGGCUUGUUCAAAGACCCUGUAAUGUUGGAUUGUAGGCACCUCGUAUGUAAAUCAUGUAUAGAUAAAGUCUGGACCAGUCAGAAACCUCCCUUCUUUCCAUCUCAAGACUGUAGAAAGGAAUUCACAGAAAGGAAAUACAUAAUCAUCAAGGCAUCAGAUGACAUGAAACAGAAAGUGCUAAGACUUCAGCCCGGUGAGAAUGCAGGAGUAUCACACCAUGAGCAGAAAAGGCAGAAUCUUCUUGAAACACGACAGUGCAUGGAACAUGAAGAGGCAGUGAAGUUGUUCUGUCUGGAAGACAGAAAAUUCAUAUGUCACAUCUGCAGAGUAUUGUCUGAACACGAAGGUCAUACAUUCCUAUGCCCAAAGGAAGCAGUCAGCAUGUUUCAGGGAGAGAUGGAAACUACUCUUGCAUCAAAGAUCAACCAUCUUAAAAAACUUCAAGGCGCACAGAAGCAGGAGAUCUCCAAUAUCCAGGACAAAGCCCAAAGUUUGGAGGAACACAUUAAAUCGGAGUGUGCCAAGAUGAGAAAGUUUCUUUGGGACAAGGAACACCAGCUCAUCCAACAGCUUAGGGAAGAGUCCAGAAAAAUUCUGGAAAAGAUGGAAAGAAAGCUAAGUAGCAUUGAAAGGAUGAAGGAGGAGGUUCAGAAGCAGAUAUCUGGCAUUCAGUCAAACGCUAAGGAUGAGGAUCCUCUGCUUUUUCUCACAGAUUUAAUGGAUGAAGGUAAAAGAAGACAAGCAUCAGAAAGUCAGCCGGCCAGUGUUGUGGUUUCUGGUAAUCUGAGUCUCGGGGUAUACAAAGGCCCUCUACAGUACAAAGUAUGGAGAGAAAUGUUAUCAGCAAUUAGCCUUGGUUUGUCUCACCUGACCGUGGACCAAAAGACAGCACAUCACAAUCCUGUUCUGCUGAAGAAAUUGACCAGUAUUAAGCACAGUAGGGUCAAACAGCUGUCUGACAGCCCUGAAAGAUAUGAUUCAAGUCUGUCUGUGCAGGGAUCACUGGGUGUUGCAUCAGGAAGACAUUACUGGGAAGUGGAAGUGGAGAACAAGACUGAAUGGAGUGUGGGGGUCACCAGACAGGCCAGAAACAGGAGGGGUCAAUUUGAUAUGAACCCACAGGAUGGCUACUGGGCUAUAGUCCUGAAUUCUGGAAAUGAGUACUGGGCUCAGGAUUCAGCACCCAAGGAUCUCAGACUUACUAUGCAGCCCAAGACAAUUGGAGUGUACCUGGACUAUGAGGGGGGCCAAGUGUCAUUUUAUAAUGCUGAUAACAUGUCCCACCUCUACACCUUCACUAACACCUUCACUGAGGCACCACUGUACCCUUUCUUCAGCCCUUAUAAUAAUCGUUGUCAAAAUGUAGAGCCGCUAAAGAUGUUUCAUCUAAAGCUUCCAAAGUUCUAGGCUUGAUGAUGUACAACUUGUCAAUGUAUCCAUCUGCCAAAACGAUACAUUUUUAGCAAAGUAUUCUUAGUGAAAGGGCAUUAAUGAAGAAUGUUGAACCUAAGCAAUGAUCUCUAUACAACUUGUAAAUGCAGUCCCCUCCCUCAGACAGAAAGCAAAACAUCGCUGUCACUUUGCUAAUAACCUUCGUCUUUGUGACAUAACCUGUGGCAUUAUCUAUAAUCCUAUCCAUAGCAUCAACUUUCUUUAAAUGCAAGCCGAAUCCUCUACUCCACUCCUGUUUUUGUUCCCUGUAGAAUUGAACACUCACAUUGCGGGUUCCUAUAUAUCCCUGCCUAGUAAGUAUUUAGUGUUGUAGUUCCAGGCUGUUUUGGAUACUUUUAUAGAAUUCCACACAAUGUGUUUAAUAAUUGGCUUUGUGCAGUAAGUCUUUGGUAUUUAUCUUGUAAUAUUGGCUUUCUGCUCUAAGUGUUUUAUAAUCCCGAUCAUUUAAGCUGCAGCUCUCCUUAAUCUGUCAGUAUGUACAACAACAGAAGUGUUUGUAUGUUUUAGCUGCUUUUCUGUAUAUAUAGACUUCUCUGUAUAUGUAAACUAGCUACUUAUUCUGCUGU